AUGGCUCCACUCCGUCUUCUCAUUGAGCAGGGCAAGUUUGUCGAUGCCUCCGGCCGACAAGUCAUUCUCCGUGGCAUCAACGUCGCCGGGGACGCCAAAUACCCCAGCGAGCCCUUUGACCAGCCCUCCCAGGUCACGGACGACUUCUUCGACGGAGACAACGUUAGCUUCCACAAGAGGCCCUUCACAAAGGAGGAUGCUCACGUCCACUUUGCGAGGCUGAGACGUUUUGGGUACAACACCAUACGAUAUAUCUUCACAUGGGAGGCUAUCGAGGCCAGGGGCCCUGGGAUAUACGACGAGGAGUGGAUAAGCCAUACAAUCGAGGUGUUGAGAACAGCGAAGGACUAUGGCUUCUUUGUGUAUAUGGACCCCCACCAGGAUGUGUGGUCACGGUUUUCUGGCGGCUCUGGCGCCCCGAUGUGGACACUCUACCUCGCUGGCCUGAACCCGCAAUCCUUCGCCGCUACCGAAGCAGCCAUCGUCCACAACACCUACCCUACGCCCGAGAGUUUCCCCAAGAUGAUUUGGUCUACCAACUACAACCGCCUUGCCGCUGCGACCAUGUUCACCCUGUUCUUUGCGGGAAGGGACUUUGCACCCAUGUGUAUCGUGGACGGCAUAAAUGUUCAAGACUAUUUACAAGGUCAUUUCUUCAGCGCCCUGGAGCACCUGGCAAAGAGGAUAAAAGGUGCCGGCGAUGUGCUUAAUGAAAUUGUCUUUGGGUGGGAGAGCAUGAACGAGCCGGCACGAGGCUUGAUCGGGCUUGAAGACAUGAGCGUCAUCCCCAAAGAGCAGGCACUCAAGAAGGGCACGUGCCCGACCAUCUGGCAGGCCAUUCUUACCGGGUCCGGGCGCGCCUGUGAGGUUGACACGUGGGACAUGGGUGGGCUAGGGCCUUACAAGGUCGGCAGGACGCUGAUCGACCCUCGUGGCGAGAUCGCUUGGCUGCCCGCUGACUAUGAUGAUUCUCGUUACGGUUGGAAGCGCGAUCCUGGGUGGAAGCUGGGAGAGUGUAUCUGGGCGCAGCAUGGGGUUUGGGAUCCCAGCUCCGACACGCUGCUACGCAAGGACUACUUUGCGAAUGAUCCUAAGAACGGGGCGGUGGCGAAUUACCCCUAUUUCACCAACAACUGGUUCAUGGAGUUCUACAGGAAGUAUCGGGAUAUGGUCCGCUCACAUCACCCUGAGGCGAUUAUGCUGUGCCAGCCACCAGUGCUGGAGCUGCCGCCCAGUAUCAAGGGGACCGUGGACGACGACCCAAACAUGGUGUACGCACCACACUAUUACGACGGCAUAACUCUUAUGACCAAGAAAUGGAACCGGACCUGGAAUGUGGAUGUGCUGGGUAUACUCCGGGGAAGAUACCUCACACCUGCAUUCGGCAUCAAAAUCGGCGAGACUGCUAUCCGCAACUGCUUCAGAGACCAACUGGCUGCAAUGAGAAAAGAAGGCUUAGACUAUAUGGGUAACCACCCCUGUGUCUUGACAGAAUUUGGCAUUCCAUAUGACAUGGACGACAAAUACGCCUAUAAGACAGGAGAUUACUCCAGCCAGAGUGCAGCGAUGGACGCGAACCACUUUGCUGUAGAGGGCAGUCGGAUGGAGGGCUACUCACUAUGGGUCUACUGCACUAACAAUGUCCACCAAUGGGGCGAUCAGUGGAACGGAGAGGACCUGUCGAUCUACUCCCUCGACGACAAACCUCUAGCCAUCUCAGCUGUACCACCUCCCAAGGUCGAGUCUUCGACGUCGUCCACUUCCCGGCUCUCCGAGGACGUGGCGGUGACGCCAAGCAACCUCAAGAAAACACUGACCAACGACGCUCCCUCGGCAUCCCCCACUUCGAGCCACAUCGCCAACGGUGGCAGUCCCUCCCAGCGCAUGAAUACCACUGACCCAUCACUAAAAGCAACUCCUGGCUAUCGCGCCGCGGAAGCGUACGUUCGGCCGGCACCGGUGGCCGUGAACGGGGACAUCACGCACUACACGUUCGACCUGACAAGCUGUACCUUCGUCUUGAAACUGCGCACCGCGAACGAGCCGGGCCAGGAUGCGCCUACGGUGGUAUUCCUGCCAGAGUCCCACUUCCCGCGCGAGGGCUCAGUUGUGCAAGUGUCCGGGGGCAAGUGGGAGAUUGGCCAGGGUGAGGACGGCAUCCAGCGGCUGCGGUGGUGGCACGGCAAGGGCGAGCAGGACAUCAAGAUCGUGGGCCAGGCCCGGAGGUAUAAUGCCGGGGAUGGCAAGGAGGCUGCGUUCGGCGAGGAGCCGGGUUAUUACGACAUGGUCAACAAUUGGCUGGGAAACGGCUGUGUGGUAAUGUAA